GGCACCGCACACUUGUGCCCUUUUCUCUUGUUCAACUUAGCAACAAACUCAGGUGAUUACAAGUCCUUAAGUACCCGGACUAACCACAACACACACGCACGCACCCACUAAGCACACUUUUGCAUCCAGCCACGGUCAAGCCACAUACAUCGGCUGAACCAUGACUGGCUCCACUAGCCGGUAGAAACGGCAACUGAUAACCACCUCUCUGGCCGCUCAGUUUCGGCCGAUCUCCACGCAUUUGGAGACGCAAUCCACAACUAAGCCAUUCUAACAAUUAAUCUUAUCCAUGCAGUACGUGCAUGCUACUCAUCUAACGGACGCCCACACAUGCAUCCACUUUCUUCUAAGACUGACUCAAAAUUAAACAUGAUCUAAUUAAUCAUCUCUACACUCAGCACUAAUAACAAGAUUAGUUCCAACAGGCAAGACUUUCAGAUUAUCUGUCAAGGACGACGGCUACAACCCACGGUGGAGAACCAACCCGUGCAACUACGGCAUGCUGGUGGAGAGAUCAAGGUACAACUUCUCUACUCUGGACAUGCAGGGCAACUGGACGCUACUCAAAAGGUUCUCCCGCGGUGUCCAUCUUGCGCUCGAUUUCGCCAUCGGGAACACUUCGUGUCCGGCGGAAGGACAGCCAUCGCCUCCGGACUACGCCUGCGUCAGCGGCAACAGCUCUUGUGCCAACGCAGACGCUGCGGAUACUCCUGCCUAUGUAUGCAAGUGCUGGGACAAGUACACUGGCAACCCUUACCUCCCCAAUGGAUGCCAAGAUAUUGAUGAGUGCAAGCAACCCCAAUUGUAUCCCUGCCAAAAUGGUCGGAUCUGCAAAAACAGGAUAGGAGGCUAUGACUGUCCAUGCAAAUUCGGAAUGAAGAGCGACGGCAAAGCGGGAACCUGCACACAUGUACUACUCACUACAGCAGCAAAGGCGACCAUGGGUAAGUACUAAGCUAAUACCUCCAUCUUGAUUUAUUGGACGCCUUUGUAUUUUGUGCUAAAUUUUGGUCAUAGGUUUAACUACCAAAAUGUUAAUGCAUGUCAUCAGAAAGUAUAUAUUUGGAUUCGUGUUUGAACAUAGUUGCUGACAAUGUUAUUUUUGCUAUGUAUAACUUAUAUUUUAUUAGUUAAAAUCAUGGUCAAAAUAUGACCCGAAAUACGAGGGAGACUAAUA